AUGGGAAACUUAUCAUUAAGCAAGGAAGAAAUUAAUCAUAAGAUUACCUAUGUAGAACUGGUUUAUGACAUACCUUCACCUCAUCCAAUAGUAAGGAAAGAUGGCAGUGUAAAAUUAGAAGUCAGUGGGCAGGAAGAGGAAAUUAUUAAGUUUCAAGGCAAAGGAUUUAUCCCCCGACACACGAAAUCAAUUUUAGAAAAUGAUGGGGAAGAAAUCCCGGAAGACGAAUCAACCACCGAAGAAACAAAACGCCGAGCACUAACCGAAGAAUUAGACAAUUUAAUUAAGUUUGCCGAUGAUCGACCCGGCAACCCCCUCUUCAUAGUGAAAGAAAAAGACCUUUCUUCAUGGUUAAAAACCGAGCAGUUAGAAGAAUUAGCCGCAUUACAAGGAACAAUCAGAACUAGUCUCGACAAAUUAAAAGCCGCGACCGAGUUCAAUGAGGACACCGCCAAUUCAUUCCGCCAACUAUACAAGGCUCGCGAGAAAGUCGAUGAAUUUUUGGAUCCGAAUGAAUUAUUAAAGGAUAGGGAGGAAAGUAGUGAAACGAGCGAUACCAGUUUUGAGACUAUUAGAUCAGAAAAUCUCCGCCUAACUUUUCUAAUUGAUGAAAGAUUUAAAAAAAAUGAUUUAUUAUCUCCUGCUCAAGCUUAUUAUUUGGAAAAAAUUGCGACAGCCGGAACGAAAAAAGAAGUCAAAUUAUCGGAAGACAAAAUUGAUAGCUAUUGGAACGAUAGGGUUACUGCUUGGCUGGAAGAAUUACCCCGCUUGAAAAAUGAGUUAAGGGGGAAAAUAAAUGCGAUAAUCACUACUGAAACUUUUUCAGAGAAAACCAUUAAAAAAUUAAAGGAGGAUAAAGCGGAAACGCUGAUUGACUUAUUGGAAGAAAAAAUAACUUUCUUCGCUACCGGGAUAGGGUUUUUUGAUGACUUUGACAUGCGACGGAUUGAGUUUACCAUUAAUCCGGAAACUUUCAUCGAUAAUGGCCUUGGCUUUCUUUUAUUAGAAGAAGAACCAAAAAAAGUAACCAUCCUUUAUAAUUUUGAGGGAGCAAAGGCAGAGGCUAAAUAUAACUUAGCCAAAGAGCAGUUAGCGGAUAAAGAAGCCGCCCAAAUUAGCCUGGAUAUUGAAAAAGCGGACAGAUUAAGAAUAGAAAUGGGUGAAAUCCAUUUGGAUUACGAUACUUAUGGAACCAUUACCCUCGGGGAGGAAAAAGCCGCCGAGGAAGGAGAAAGUUCCGAAACGGAAGAUAUUGCCGAACCUAGCGACCCCGGUGAAGGCGGUUCCGGCUUACCGAAAACGGUUCCAGUGGGAGACAAUAAAUUAAAAGCGGUUGAAAUUAUCACCGCGGAUGCUGACACGGUGGAGGGA